CGUAGUUGAACAUGACCUCAGUAGACCUUAUCAGAAAUUGCGUAGACUACCAGUGAAAGUGAGCAACAUCAUGUUGGAGGACUUCGAGAAGAUAUGGGUCUGCUUUGUGUUUUCGUCCAUCAUUUUCUUUUCAAUUUUGAGUAAAUUGGUAGCGUCUUUUGGUGCUCCUAAAUCAUUCUCAGGUGAUCCAUGGGUGUGGAAGAAUUUUUCCAUUUCGUGGAUUCAUGCACUUUUCUGUGCAGUUUGGGUGCUAAGCUGUUUUGUGCUCACUCCAGAAAUGGUGCUUGACUUAGUCAAGAGUUAUUCCAUGACAUCUUAUUUGCUGGUUUGUUUUUCUCUUGGGUACUUUACAUUUGAUUUUCUUGAUAUUUUGAUCAACAAGAAAAUAGCACAGAUGUGGGAAGUGGCUUUGCACCAUAUCGUUGUUCUCCUGAUAUUCUACUACAACAUUGCAAACUGUCAUUGUAUAGGCUUCAUGGUAGUGGCACUCCUAACUGAAGUAAAUUCAAUCUUCCUGCAUGGUCGCAAACUCAUGAUGUUAGCAAAAGUGGAGAGGUCCAACUUGGUCUUCAGGACAAAUGCCAUUCUAAAUGUUAUCACUAUUCCUGUGUGCAGGGGCCUGGCAAUUGGAUGGAUUUGGAAGGCUAUAAUUUAUGCUAAGGAAGAUGAAUUUACACCCUUCAACUGGUGGCUUUUGUUUAUUACAACCCUUAUCAUGACUGUCAUUAACAGCAUUCUCUUCUGGACUGUAUUCAGAAAUGAUUUUUUGAGAGGAAAAAAAGGAAAGAAACUAAAUGCAAAUAAUAAUGAUAUGAAGAUUACAGAUAUGGCUCAAAAUAUAAAUGGCUUGUCAAAAAUUGAUUGAAAGUUUUGCUUUUGAAUACUGAUAUAUGAUAGAUGCAACUAAAGCUGCUUAUUUUUUAUUUUUGUUUUUGUUUUGUCUAAAUAAAGAAGGGGAAGAUGGUCUGUUUGUUGUUUGAGGAAAAGUGCCAUUACAAAACUAUGUCACUUGAAAGGUGAAAAUUACUUUUUUAAAAGUAAUAUAAUUUUAAGAUAUGGCAAUGGUCAUCUUUUUGAGCUUUAUUUUAAUUUAAGAUGUACAUGUAUGCAACUUAUCAGUUACCACUUUAAAAUAUUUGUGGUUAAUUUUUUAUGAUACAUAGUUUUAGUUUUUGUGCAAAUUUUACAAAGCCUGUUGUUGGUCUAUCUUUUGUAUGUGAUGAUUUUAUAUAAAUUUAUAGUCUAAUCUUAAAAGAUAUAUUUUUGCAGAA